AUGAUGGGUGAGUGGCUACUGUUGCUGACGGCGGCCAGCUCAAUCCUAGGGUCUGUCUCAGGGUUGCCGACAUGGCCAUCAUCAGUGGAUGAACUAGAAGAUAUCAUGUUCCUGAAUACUGGCUACCAGGCCCGGGCUUUUUCUGCGGAUAUCACACCAUGUUCCUUCUCAUCGCAAGGUCCAUCGAGAAUUGCUUCCGCAGAAUGGCUUCGCACAGCUUUCCAUGACAUGGCUCCUGGUAACGUCGUCACCGGGGUUGGCGGAAUAGACGCGUCUCUGCAAUAUGAGUUGGGAGGAGGUGGCGGUGAAAACAUUGGUGCCGCCUUUAAUUCGACUCUGCUCUCAUUCACGCCUUUCUUUUCCUCUCGUGCCUCGCUGGCCGAUAUCAUUGCAUUGGGCGUGUAUGCAUCUGUCCGGGUCUGUGGCGGUCCCAUCAUUCCUAUUCGCACAGGCCGUAUCGAUGCCACUGGAGCGGGACCGAUAGGAGUGCCGUUGCCACAGAAUUCACAAUAUACUUUCAUCCAACAGUUUUUGCGGAUGGGCUUUAAUGUCUCGGAAAUGAUCGCCCUAACGGCUUGCGGCCACACUAUCGGUGGUGUUCACGCCAAUAAUUUCCCUGAGGUGCUACAGUCGGGGACCGUGCCAAAUGACUAUCAGCACUUCGAUUCGACAACAGUGUUUGAUGAGAAGAUUGCCUCCGAAUAUGUCGGUGGCAACAGCUCAGAUCUGCUGGCUGGGCCAUUGGCAGUAAAAAACACGUUCGACUCGGAUAUAGCAGUAUUUACCGCAGACAACAAUGCGACAAUUAGUCUCAUGGUCAACCCGACGUACUUUCAAUCCCGCUGCCAGGUGAUGCUUCAGCGUAUGAUCGAGGUUGUCCCGGCUGGAGUAGUUCUCACGGACGCAAUUGCUCCUUAUGAGGUCAAACCGAGUAACCUACAAUUAACCAUACAGCCAGGUGGUACUCAGCUUCAGUUUACUGGUGAAAUUCGGGUCCGAACAACCGAUCUCAGCGGUAAUAUUUCCAACGUUCAGCUUGUAUAUGUUGACCGCAACGGCGCCUCUACUUGCGGAUCCUGUGUUAUUGGGACGCACUAUGCGGGAUCGGCAAAUGGUUUUGAUGAUUCCUUUGUCUUCUACAGCUUUUCCGCAAUAUUGCCGGCCACAACCUCAAUUUCGGCAUUUACAGUACAGGUGACAGCUGGCGGUAAUACGGUUAUAUAUAAUAACAACGGCAAUGGGUAUCCAGUUCAAGACAACAUCUUGUUUCAAGACCCCCAGAGUUGCAUAGCCCAUUCAUCUGACGGCGACGGAAAUUAUAAAAUGACAGUUACUGCUGCGGUCCGUAACAAGGUUACUUCAGGCUCCCCGGCUCUUUCUGUAGAAGUCAAAACACCUCGAUCCUGCUGUGUCGUUCCGGGGUUAACCACUAUUAAUGUAACGAUGGCAAAGACAGCGAUGAUUGGCCCCUACAACCUGUAUAGCGGGAGCUAUGCUCUCACACCCGACCAAAUUACAACAUCCAAAUUCGGCGUUUCUGUCGAUAUCUUCUCCGAUAGUUUCAAAAGUACAGCACUAACUGGCUCUUGCUCAGCACUUAGUGGUUCUAGCCCAGUAACGUAUAGCUAUCUUGGCUGCUACACCGAUGACGUGAACUCCAGAACCUUCCCAUCCGCAACUCACAGUGACAAUAACAUGACACUUGCGGAGUGUUCGAAUUUUUGCAGUAGCUAUCAGUAUUUUGGAGCUGAAUAUACAACGCAGUGUUUUUGUGGCACUAGUUUGAGCAGCUCGAGUAUAGAGGCUACGGAGUCGGAGUGCUAUAUGCCUUGCGGAGGAGACAGUACAGAAAUAUGUGGUGGACCCAACAGGCUUUCUGUCUACACGAACAACAACUAUGUAGCUCCGGGAGGAGCUACGAUUCCGAACUAUCAAUAUCUUGGCUGCUACAAUGACACGGCCGCCUCUCGCAGUCUAUCUGCCACAUACAAAUAUAGCAGCAACAUGACCGUAGAGGCCUGUGCAACUUUUUGCAAUGGCGCCACUUAUUUCGGGGUGGAGUACUACGAUGAAUGCUACUGUGGUGACACUUUGGCAGUGGAUAGCGCCAAACAGCUUGUGACUGAUUGUUCAUACCCCUGUUCUGGGAACAACAGCGAAUUUUGCGGUGGUAGUAACAGGCUGGAUUUAUAUCAGCUACGUUCAAGUAUUGUGACGACAUCUUCAGUUCCAAUCUCUUCCGGGACAAUGUCCACCACUGUUGUGUUGUUGUCUACAAUUGCCACUAUUCCAACAACCACAAACACAACUGCGUCGUCAUCUACCGCCGCAUCCAUCUCUACAACAACUACCACGUCCUCGUUGGAUCCAGCCUCUUCGAGCACCACAUCAACCACCGAUCCACCAUCAUCUCUUACGACGGUACCUGUCACUUUGUCAAAAACAAUAACAUCCUCUAGCGCAACAACCGCUGUCCCAUUUGUCGGUUGGCUUGCCCUGGGGUGUUACAACGACUCCGUCAAUGCCCGAGUACUUCUGAACGAGGGAAUCGUUCAAGGUGGACCCGCCAAUAUGACCAUAGAAAAUUGUGAGACUGCGUGCCUCGCUGCAGGAUAUCCCCUGGCAGGUGUUGAGUACUCCCAAGAAUGUUAUUGCGACAGCACACUUCACAAUGGCGGAGCCACUGCUACCGAUGGCUAUGCACAAUGCACCAUGACUUGCAAUGGUGAUACAACGGAGCAGUGUGGCGGUCCCAAUCGUCUAAAUAUCUACCAGUACACUUCAAUGCCGACGUCGACAAUCCCGUCUUCCUCUAGCAUAAUUACAACAGCAGUUGUCACCAAAACUACAACUGGAGGAUCAAGUACUACUGCCCAAUCAACAACGUCUACCAGUUCCACUGCGACUGCUACUGGGUUACCGGCUGGAUGGUCCUACAAGGGUUGCUAUGUGGAUAAUAUUGGUGGCGUACGUUCUAUGCUUGUCCAGGAAAAUGAUAAUCCCACGAUGACCAUCCAAUCCUGCAUUGGCCAAUGUUUGUCCUUGGGAUAUACCGUGGCAGGCAUGGAGUAUUCCGAUCAGUGUUUCUGUGAUAACUACGUGCGUAACAAUGCUUCGUUGGCAAGCUCAGAUUCUCAGUGCGCCAUGACAUGUGCCGGGAAUACCAAUGAAAUAUGUGGUGGACCUAAUCUCCUCAGUGUCUACUCUAGCACCACAAUAACGGUGCUACCCCCUCCCGCUGUGCAAAAAACUAAUUUGCCUGGAUCCUGGGUGUAUAAGGGAUGUCUUCAGGACAACGUUAAUGGCACACGGACUUUUCCUUACAUGAUCACCUACACAACCAACAACUCGGCGACUACUUGUCUUUCUCGUUGUCAAGAGUACGGAUUUCAAGCGGCUGGUAUGGAAUAUGGUGAACAGUGCUUCUGCGGCGAUACGUUCGACAUUCGCCCUGAGGUUCAAAUUGUCCCCGAUUCUCAAUGUAACCUGCUCUGUACUGGUGAUACGAUUUACUACUGUGGUGCCGGAAAUCUGCUUAGUUACUAUGUUUGGGAGGGCGACACUGCUUUGUACGAGUGGACAUAUGCUUCAGGCAAUAACGCUGGUCUUUAUCAAUUUCUGAUCGGGGGUGUUGUGGUACCUUUGAUGACUACUGUUAAUAUUAAUGGCAAGGUAACCUUCUUGGAGAAAUGGGGAACUGGACCACCCAAUACUACCGGUGCCUAUGAGCUGGAUCUAUUUUACGAGAACGAUUUCAAUAAUGCAUGGCGACCGAUGCACGUUAAGACCGACAUCUUCUGCUCCGCUGGCCUUGUUCUUCCUGACAAAGUUGGAAGACAGCUUACUGUUGGUGGGUGGUCGGGAGUGUCCACGGAAGGUAUCAGACUUUACUGGCCGGAUGGCUCUCCGGGCGCACCCAGUGUCAAUGACUGGCAAGAAAACCAGGCUGAACUCUCUCUACAGGAUGGCCGUUGGUAUCCUUCUGGUAUGAUUAUGGCUAAUGGCUCCAUCCUUAUUGUGGGUGGUGAGACAGGAUCCAACGGUCCCCCCGUCCCUACUCUCGAAAUUUUACCGAGAGUUGGGCCCACGCUCUAUAUGGAUUGGUUGGAACGUACGGAUCCUAACAAUUUAUACCCAUUCAUGGGAGUAAUGCCAUCCAAGACGAUUCUAGCUGCUUACUACAAUGAGGCUCGUUUGUUGGAUGAGGCCACAUUCCAGACAAUCCGGACGCUGCCAAACAUGCCAGGCGCGGUCAACAACGAUCUCGGCGGCCGUACUUAUCCCCUGGAAGGUACUAUGGUGUUCUUCCCCCAAUAUGCUCCAUACGACGAUCCUGUAAGAGUUCUCAUCUGCGGAGGUUCGACUCCUUACGGCGGAGAUGCUAUUGACAAUUGUGUCUCCAUUCAACCCGACGUUCCAGGGCAAAACUGGACGAUCGAACGCAUGCCUUCCAAGCGUGUCAUGACCUGCAUAUCGCCUCUCCCAGACGGCACGUUUCUGAUUUUGAAUGGUGCCCACCAGGGUGUCGCCGGUUUUGGUCUCGCUACUGAUCCCAAUUUCAAUGCUGUCCUAUACGACCCGACAAAGCCGGUUAAUCAGCGUAUGACGGUGAUGGCAAAUACCACGAUUGCUCGUCUCUACCACUCCGAAGCAAUUCUCCUACCUGAUGGACGGGUGUUAGUCUCCGGGUCAGACCCUGAGGAUGCUACACAUCCCGAAGAAUAUCGAGUAGAGGUGUUCAUCCCACCGUAUCUUUUAUCCGGAGCCCCACGUCCAGCAUACAUGAUAACUGAAACUGACUGGGCAUAUGGAGGCACCUACACCAUUACAGUUACCGCGGGCAAUGUUGCAAAUCUGAAAGUAUCCCUGAUUGGCCUCAUCUCAAGCACGCACGGAAACAGCUUCGGUCAUCGUACAAUUUUUCCGGCAUUUGUCUGUCAAGGUAAUCAAUGUACUAUUACUGCCCCUCCAGGUCCAUGGACUUCUCCUCCUGGUUGGUUUCAACUGUUUAUCCUUGACGGGCCGACUCCGUCCAAGAGCUCCUUUGUCCGAAUCGGAGGGGAUCCUGGAAAACUGGGUAACUGGCCAAACUUUCCCGACUUCACCGUUCCUGGUGUUUAA